AUGGCCGCCUUUGAUCUGAUUCAGCAAUAUGCGCAAACCGCGCUAACGCGGUUACCCGGUCCCGCUCAGCAAUUGUUGCAGAACCCAAUCGCCCAGAAAGCUGCCGGGGUAGCUCUCGCGUUAGGAGUGUUGCGCUCAAUCAACAACUCUCUAACACAACGCGCCCUGAACAACUGGGUCUCCAGCGACCCUUGGAACCCCUCUCGGGAGCUCAUUCUCUUGACGGGUGGCUGCAGCGGAAUUGGCAAGCAGGUCAUGGAGGACCUAGCGCGCACUGGCGUGCGCGUGAUCAUCUUUGAUAUCACUGAGCCGAAAUUCAAGCUUCCUGUCAACGUCUCCUUUUAUAAGGUCAAUAUCACCAACUCGGAGAGCAUCGCUGAGGUCGCCAAGACCAUCCGCAGCGACCACGGCGAGCCAACAGUGUUGAUAAACAAUGCCGGCGUCGGCCAGGAUGGUCUUAUCCUCGCGAAGAGCGAGGCCACGAUUCGAAAUACAUUCGAAGUCAACACGAUCUCGCAUUUCCUCAUGGUGCGCGAGUUCCUACCCGCCAUGAUCCGCGCCAACCAUGGACACGUUGUGACUCUGGCCAGCAUGGCCAGCUUCGUCGGACUGAGCGAAAUUGCCGACUACUGUUGCACCAAGGCCAGUGCCCUGGCUUUCCACGAGUCUCUACGCCAGGAGUUACGUCUAUACUAUAAGGCACCAAAAGUGCGCACGAGUAUCAUUCACCCUUGGUGGGUUCGAACCCCUAUGAUCACACUCCUGACAGAUUACGAGAAGGAAUUUGGUCAGCCGAUCAUGACCGUGCAGACUGUGUCGGACGCAAUCUGCAGUCAGAUUCUAAACCAGAACAGUGGACAGGUGAUUCUGCCCGCCUCCAAGACAAUCGCUCGCCUGUUGAGAGGGCUCCCGCUCUGGCUACAGGAGUUUAUCCGUGGGAAGGAGUCCCAAAAGCUUAAGGUUGCACGCGACGCCCAGAUAAGAGCGGAGCGUGAGGCUGCGGAACGCGCAAGCAAGAAAUCAUGA